AUGGCGACCCAAACUAUUACGAAAAGCCACCCUCGCGAUUCUAUGAUAUCCACCUGGCGCGAUGGUGACCGAUCACAAUGGACAUCCUCCCACUGGCUGCUUGAUCUGCUGGGUACACACCUCAAGCCCAGCGACGGAGAAGUGCCUGUCUUUUCUAAGAAAGAAAAGAUCCCGUCCGUGCGGGAAUGGACUGUCCAUCUGUGGAUCCUGCUUCACGGUUUGAUUCCGCACGUUCUUCAACAAGCAUACAUGAUCUAUAGUGGGCGGACCCCCCACCCGAUCGUUGUCUUUUUGUUGUAUAGCACAACAUUCUAUGGGACCGGUAUCCAUCUAGUACAAGUAAUUCGCCGCCUCGGUUGGGUCUACGGCUUCCUGGACGGAGAUAAGCAUGAACGGGACGACAUCCCUGAUGUUGGUGUGGGAAGGGUUGCGACGGAACUGCUUUCCGUCCCGACACUUCGCCUGGCUAUGUCUGUCUACCUAUCGUAUCAACCGGAGAAGCUCCCAUUAUCUUUCAACUGCGGCUGGCUGGCGCUCGAGAUUGGACUCUACAGCAUUACGGUAGACUUUUGGUUCUAUUGGUAUCACCGCUUGAUGCACUCGGUGGCCCCGUUGUGGAAGUUUCACCGCACGCACCACCUGACGAAACACCCUCACCCGAUGCUUGGUGCAUAUGCCGACCAUGAGCAGGAGUUUUUUGAUAUCAUUGGCAUCCCACUCCUUGCGUACGGUACUCUCAAGCUGAUCGGCAUGCCCAUGUCGUUUUACGAAUGGUAUAUUUGUUAUCAAUAUGUGGUCUUCUCUGAGAUCAUCGGACAUAGUGGUCUCCGCGUUCAUGGGGGCGCACCCUCCACUGUCAACUGGAUACUUGAGUUCUUUGAUGCAGAGUUAGUAAUCGAAGACCAUGACCUGCACCACCGCUACGGAUGGAGACAAAGCCAUAAUUACGGGAAGCAGACCCGUCUCUGGGACCGCAUAUUCGGCACCUGUCGUGAACGCAUCGAAGGCCAUAAGGCUAACAUCGACUACGAAAAUCGUGUCACAUUCCCACUGUUUUAA